UGUUAUUUCUCUUUGUUAUGUAAAGUUUCAAAUAAAAAUCUUUGUACAUAAAGAGGUAGUUUGUACUACCUCUAUCUAUGAUAGGGCUAUAGUUAGAAAAGAUAGUGGGAGCCAUUAAUUCUACUGCUGUGUUGCUGCUCUAAUGGUGUGACUACUAGAAGACAGAUCUUUAAAUAUCAGCACUUUUUUUAUCAGCAUACAUCCAGCUCAGAGGGAGGAGGCAGAACAGUAAUGCUUCCUGACCUGCUCUGUUUUGCUCUCACCAAUGGUUGAAUGUGGUGGCUCCAUAAUGGCUGUGGGUGAGAUCCUGGUACAUGUGAGGAUCACUGUCCCCAUUCUCUGGCUGAGGGUGUUUCUGCUCCUUUCUGGAUGGUCCCAUGUUGGGCAUUCCUAUCACCAUGGUCCCCCAGAAGUGGUGAUUCCUUUGAGGAUAACAGGCACUAACAUUGUCAAGAAACCUCCAGGCUGGAUCUCUUACUGCCUGCAUUUUGGAGGCCAGAGACAUGUUUUCCAUAUGAAGGUCAAGAAGCUUUUGCUGUCCAAAAACUUCCCAGUGUUCACAUACACAGACCAGGGUGCUCUUCUUGAAGACCAGCCAUUUAUCCAGAAGGAUUGCUAUUAUCAUGGUUAUGUGGAGGGGGAUCCGGAUUCCCUGGUUUCUCUGAGUACCUGUUUUGGGGGCUUUCAAGGAAUAUUACAGAUAAAUCACAUUGUUUAUGAAAUUUUGCCCAAAAGGCUUUCUACCACAUUUGAACAUCUGAUAUUUAAGAUGUAUGGCGAGGAGAAACAAUUCUCACCCAUGAAGUGUGGAUUGACAGAUGAAAAAAUAGCCCAACAAAUGAAGUUUCAAGAGAGCAAUAGUUCCACUUUGCAAAGUGGGUAUAAAGGUCUGUGGACGCACAAGAAAUUUGUUGAAAUGGCAGUGGUGGUAGACUACAAUCGAUACGCUUAUCGUGAAUAUAAUGUCACAACUGUGGAACUGGAAGUGAUUACUACUAUGAACAACGUAAAUACCUUCUAUCAACCACUAAAUAUUGACGUGAGUUUAGUUGGAAUGGAGGUCUGGAAUGAAGGAAACCCUGUUGAAAUAAAGAACAUGAAUAUACUCGUGGAUUUAUUUUGCGCCUGGAAGGAAAAAGGCUUUAGUGCCCGUGUGCCCCAUGAUGCUGCGCAUGUUUUUGUAAAAAGAGGAUAUGGUACGUUUGGCAUAUCUUAUGUUGGAUCAGUAUGUAACUACAAUACUAAUUGUGCAGUGGAUGCUUUCACAAGUAAUGAUUUGGUUCUUUUUGCAUUUGUUGUGUCACAUGAACUCGGUCAUUCUCUGGGUAUGUGGCAUGAUGAGGGAACAUGUAAAUGUGCAGACAAUGUGUGCAUAAUGUAUGCAGCACAGUCUUGGGCAACUAAAUUCAGCAACUGCAGUUAUGCUCAAUAUUGGCACACCUCUGCAAGAUCAAGAUGUAUCUUCCACCCACCCACUCCAGAGAGAACCUUCAAGUCUACACGCUGUGGGAACGGUGUGGUUGAAGAAGGAGAAGAGUGUGACUGUGGAUCCUUAAAUUUGUGUACAAAAGAUCCAUGCUGUCAGUUAGACUGUACUCUGAGUCCUGGGGCUACUUGUGCUUUUGGGCUUUGUUGCAAAGACUGCAAGUUCAUGCCAUCAGGUGAUGUAUGUAGAGAACAGGCAAAUGAAUGUGAUCUUCCCGAGUGGUGUGAUGGGACAUCCCAUCAAUGCCCAGAAGAUGUGCAUGUGCAAGAUGGAGUCGAAUGCACAGGUGGUGGCUACUGCUAUGAAAAGAGAUGCAAUAGCCGUGAUGAACUGUGUAGCCAACUUUUUGGCCCAAAUGCCAAGAGUGCAAGUCAGAUUUGCUACAGUACAGUGAAUAUCCAAGGGGACCGUUUUGGUAACUGUGGUCUCAAGAACAAUCAAUUUAUAAAAUGUAAUACCUCAGAUACCCUGUGUGGGAGGGUGCAGUGUAAGGAUGUGACAAAAAUCCCCACUCUGAGAUACCAUUCUACUCUGCACUGGCUUCACCUCAAUGAUAGCAUCUGUUGGGGUAUAGACUUCCAUUAUGGGAUGCCCUUGCCUGAUCUUGGUGAAGUGAAAGAUGGUACAGAGUGUGGUAAAGAACAUAUCUGUGUCCGAAGGAAGUGUAUCCCUUUGGCAUAUUUGAAAACCAAUUGUUCACCCGAGACCUGCAAUAGGAAUGGGGUCUGCAACAAUAGACAUCACUGCCAUUGCAGCAAUGAGUGGGAUCCCCCUGACUGCCAGGUAAAAGGCAAAGGAGGUAGUGUUGAUAGUGGCCCACCCCCAAUAAGAAACGAGACUGAAAUGCCACAGAAGAAACAGCAAAAGAAGACCUACCAGCUAUUAUUUUGGUUGAUUCCUUCUUCGGUUUUAUUAUGUUGUUUGUUAAUUUUGUUUUUUAUGAGAAGGAAAAAAAAGGAUAAGAAAAAAGUGCAGAAUGUUCCACCUUCAUCCAAUGAACAGCAGAAUGCACCACCUGAACAGAAUCAAGAAGUGAGUGAUCCACCUGCACCUGAGAAUGAAAACUAA